AUGCAUCCAGACAACCGUAUACUGUUUCAAGAAGUAUGGAAAUGUGGACAACCGGUAAUGAUAUCUGAAGUAGCGAAUUCUUUAAAUUUAAAUCUUUGGAAACCUGAAGCUUUUUGUAGAGAUUUUGGCGAUAAACCAAAUGAUCUAAUAAAUUGUCUCAAUGGUAAUUUAGUACCAAAUCAACCUAUGCGUCAUUUUUGGGAAGGUUUCCAGUUUAUCAAUAAACGUCUACUAGAUUCUCAUGGUAAACCAAUGUUGCUCAAGUUAAAAGAUUGGCCGCCUGGUGAUGAUUUUGCUGAAAUAUUACCUACGCGAUAUGGUGAUUUAAUGAAAGGUUUACCCAUGCCGGAAUACACAUUACGAACUGGUAAUUUGAAUAUUGCUAGUUGUUUGCCCAAAAUGUUUGUACCCCCCGAUUUGGGUCCAAAAAUGUAUAAUGCCUAUGGUUCAGCACUACAUCCUGACAAGGGUACCACAAAUUUACAUCUCGAUAUAUCGGAUGCCGUAAAUAUUAUGGUAUAUGUUGGUAUACCUGCAGACACAGAUAGCGCACCACAACUUAAAGCUACUUCCAUUGCCAUUUCAUUGAGUGGUGCUGAUUUCUUAACAAGGGUACGAUUACAAUCUCCUGACGUUAUGCCUGGUGCUUUGUGGCAUAUAUUUCCCGCACGUGAUGCGGAUAAAAUACGUGAUUUAUUGAAUCGUGUUACGCUUGAAAGAGGUUUUCGUUUGGAACCAGAUCACGACCCAAUACAUGAUCAGAAUUGGUAUCUUGAUGACGAGUUGAGAAUGCGUCUUCUUAAGGAAUAUGGUGUAGAAGGCUAUCCAAUUGUUCAAUGCUUAGGUGAUGCAGUUUUUAUACCAGCAGGUGCUCCGCAUCAAGUGCAAAAUUUGCACAAUUGCAUAAAAGUAGCUGAAGAUUUCGUUUCUCCAGAAAAUAUAACACAUUGCUAUCACUUAACACACGAGUUCCGUCGUCUCUCUCACUCACAUACUAACCAUGAAGAUAAAUUACAGAUUAAGAAUAUUAUAUAUCAUGCAAUUAAAGAUUGCUGCACAAUACUUGUACGUGCAAUUAAAGAGAAGGCUGAAGCGGAAAUUGCGGAGUUGGAGAAACAGAAAGAAUCAAAUUCGUAA